CGGUGCGGUGUCUGCCUCCUAAGCAACAUGAAGGUGUACGUCGUCCUGUCAGCGCUCGCUCUGUGCGUCGUCGCCGAGCCGCCAGUCGACCGGUCGUACCUGCCCCCCAGCUCUGAGUAUGGACCUCCCUCGGCCCCCUCCCUCAGCUCUCAGUACGGCGCCCCAGCAGCCAACGGCCUCAGCACUCAGUACGGAGCUCCUGCGCUGACAGGCGCCGCUUUCGGUCGCUCAGGCGCUUUCAGCCAGGGUCCAGCAGCUCGCGUCUCCUCCAGCUUUGGAAGCGCCUCCUCCAGGGGGUUUGGAGCCGGCAGGAGGUUCGGCGGCGGUCUCUCCACUCGCUAUGGCGCCCCCUCGGCAGCUGGUCGCGCCACUGGCUUCGGAGGACUCGGUCUGUCCACACAGUACGGCGCUCCUUCUUACUCUGCCAACGCGCUCUCCACUCAGUACGGUGCACCCUCUGGUAACGCUGGUGGCCUUUCUCCAGUGUAUGGAGUUCCCGGAUACGGCUACGGUCGCGCUGGAGCCCAGGAGGACCCACUUGCUGAGCCGGCCAACUACGAGUUCAGCUACUCGGUGCAGGACGGCAACACGCUGAGUGACUUUGGACAAGAGGAGUCCAGGCAGGGGGAGAGCGCCCAGGGCCAGUACCGCGUGCUGCUGCCUGACGGCCGCAAGCAGAUUGUCUCCUACCAGGCUGACGAGGGCGGCUACAGGCCCACCGUAGAGUACCAGGACACCGGACUCACCGCCUACUCUGCCGGCGGAUAUGGCUACGGCAGGGGGCGCGCUGGAGCUGGAAGCGGAAAUGGGGGAUACCACUACUGGUGUACGUCGUCCUGUCAGCGCUUGCUCUGUGUCGUCGCCGAGCCGCCAAUCGACCGGUCUUAUCUGCCUCCCAGUUCUGAGAACGGACCUCCCUCGGCCUCCUCUCUCAGUUCUCAGUACGGCGCCCCAGCAGCUAUCAGCCUCAGCACACAAUACAGUGCUCCUUCAGCUGAGGGCCUCAGCACUCAGUACGGAGCUCCUGCGCUGACAGGCGCUGCCUCUGGUAGCGCAGGCACUUCCAGCCAGGGUCCAGCUGCUCGCGUCUCCACCAGCUUUGGAAGCACCUCCUCCAAGAGGAUUGGAGCUGGCAGGAGGAUAAGUGGUGGUCUCUCCUCUCUCUAUGGCGCUCCUUCGGCGGCUGGCCAUACUACUGGCUUUGGAGGACUCGGUUUGUCUGCACAGACCAGCGCCCCAUCUUACUCUGGUGACGUGCGUCCACUCAGUACGGAGCCGGCCAACUACGAGUUCAGCUACUCGGUGCAGGACGGCGAGACGCUGAGUGACUUUGGACAAGAGGAGUCCAGGCAGGGGGAGAGCGCUCAGGGCCAGUACCGCGUGCUGCUGCCUGACGGCCGCAAGCAGAUCGUCUUCUACCAGGCGGACGAGGGCGGCUACAGGCCCACCGUAGACUGGUCCGAGGCCCUGGAGAGGGCUGGCUCGUCCACGGCCGCUGCGUAUAAAUACCGGACGCCGAACUGCUGGGGCCACUCGCAGAGCCGCCUCUGUCCCCUACGCAACAUGAAGGUGUACGUCGUCCUGUCAGCGCUUGCUCUCUGCGUCGUCGCCGAGCCACCAGUCGACCGGUCGUACCUGCCUCCCAGCUCUGAGUACGGACAUCCCUCGGCCUACUCUCUCAGCUCUCAGUACGGCGCCCCAGCAGCCAAUGGCCUCAGCUCUCAGUAUGGAGCUCCAGCAGCCAAUGGCCUCAGCACACAGUACGGAGCUCCUUCAGCCAACAGCCUCAGCAUGCAGUAUGGAGCUCCAUCAGCCAAUGGCCUCAGCUCACAGUACAGUGCGCCUUCAGUAACAGGAGCUGCUUUCGGUCGCUCAGGCGCUUCCAGCCAGGCUCCAGCAGCUCGCGUCUCCUCUAGCUUUGGAAGCGCCUCCUCCAGGAGGUUUGGAUCUGGCAGGAGGAUCGGCGGUGGUGUCUCCACUCGCUACGGCGCUCCUUCGGCGGCUGGCCGUGCCACUGGGUUAGGAGGAGUCGGUCUGUCCACACAGUACGGCGCCCCUUCUUACUCUGGUGACGCACUCUCCACUCAGUAUGGUGCGCCCUCUGGUAACGAUGGUGGCCUUUCUCCAGUCUAUGGAGUGCCCGGAUAUGCCUACAAUCGUGCCGGAGCCCAAGAGGAUGCACUUGCCGAGCCGGCCAACUACGAGUUCAGCUACUCAGUGCAGGAUGGCGAGACGCUGAGUGACUUUGGACAAGAGGAGUCCAGGCAGGGGGAGAGAGCCCAAGGCCAGUACCGCGUGCUGCUGCCCGACGGCCGCAAGCAGAUCGUCUCCUACCAGGCGGAUGAGGACGGCUACAGGCCCACCGUAGAGUACCAGGACACCGGACUCACCGCCUACUCCACCGGCGGAUACGGCUACGCCAGGGGAAGCCGCCAACAACCGCAGGCAGCUUUUGGAUUUAGAGAGAUCCAUAGGGGCGCGGCCGAGCAGCGUUCCGUCGUUGCUGACAAGGUCGGGCAGGGCGCUGACGUAACGGCAGGGACUCCGACACUCCUCUCAAACUGGAGCUGCUGGUCACAGCCCCUGGAGAGGGCCGGCUCGUCCGUGGCCGCUGCGUAUAAAUACCGGACGCCGAACUGCUGGGGUCACUCGCAGUACCGCCUCUGUCUGCUACGCAACAUGAAGGUGUACGUCGUUCUGUCAGCGCUUGCUCUCUGCGUCGUCGCCGAGCCACCAGUCGACCGGUCGUACCUGCCUCCCAGCUCUGAGUACGGACCUCCCUCUGCCUCCUCUCUCAGCUCUCAGUACGGCGCCCCAGCAGCCAAUGGCCUCAGCACUCAGUUCGGAGCUCCUUCAGCAAACGGCCUCAGCACGCAGAUCGGUGGUGGUCUCUCCACUCGCUACGGCGCUCCUUCGGCGGCUGGCCGUGCCACUGGGUUAGGAGGACUCGUCCUGUCCACACAGUACGGCGCGCCUUCAUACUCUGGUGAUGCGCUCUCCACUCAGUACGGUGCGCCAUCUGCUGACGCUGGCGGCCUUUCUCCAGUCUAUGGAGUGCCCGGAUAUGCCUACAAUCGAGCUGGAGCCCAAGAGGACGCACUUGCCGAGCCAGCCAACUACGAGUUCAGCUAUUCGGUGCAGGACGGCAACACGCUGAGUGACUUUGGACAAGAGGAGUCCAGGCAGGGGGAGAGCGUCCAGGGCCAGUACCGCGUGCUGCUGCCCGACGGCCGCAAGCAGAUUGUCUCCUACCAGGCGGACGAGGGCGGCUACAGGCCCACCAUAGAGUACCAGGACACCGGACUCACCGCCUACUCCGCCGGUGGAAACGGCUACGGCAGGGGCUGGUCGCAGCCCCUGGAGAGGGCCGGCUCGUCCGUGGCCCUUGCGUAUAAAUACCGGACGCUGAACUGCUGGGGCCACUCGCAGAGCCGCCUCUGUCUCCUACGCAACAUGAAGGUGUACGUAGUCCUGUCUGCGCUUGCUCUCUGCGUCGUCGCCGAGCCGCCAGUCGACCGGUCGUACCUGCCUCCCAGCUCUGAGUACGGACCUCCCUCGGCCUCCUCUCUCAGUGCUCAGUACGCCGCCCCAGCAGCCAAUGGCCUCAGCUCUCAGUACGGAGCUCCUUCAGCCAACAGCCUCAGCUCUCAGUACGGAGCUCCAGCAGCCAAUGGCCUCAGGACGCAGUACGGAGCUCCUUCAGCUAACAGCCUCAGCAUGCAGUAUGGAGCUCCAUCAGCCAACGGCCUCAGCUCACAGUACAGUGCGCCUUCACUAACAGGCGCUGCUUUUGAUCGCUCAGGGUCUUCCAGCCAGGCUCCAGCAGCUCGCAUCUCCUCCAGCUUUGGAAGCGCCUCCUCCAGGAGGUUUGGAACAGGCAGGAGGGUCGGCGGUGGUCUCUCCACUCGCUAUGGCGCUCCUUCGGCGGCUGGCCGUGCCGCUGGCUUCGGCGGACUCGGCCUGUCCACACAGUACGGCACCCCUUCUUACUCUGGUGACGCGCUCUCCACUCAGUACGGUGCGCCCUCUGGUAACGCUGGUGGCCUUUCUCCAGUGUAUGGAGUGCCCGGAUAUGGCUACGGUCGCGCUGGAGCACAGGAAGAUCCACUUGCCGAGCCGGCCAACUACGAGUUCAGCUACUCGGUGCAGGACGGCGAGACGCUGAGUGACUUUGGACAAGAGGAGUCCAGGCAGGGGGAGAGCGCCCAGGGCCAGUACCGCGUGCUGCUGCCUGACGGCCGCAAGCAGAUCGUCUCCUACCAGGCGGACGAGGGCGGCUACAGGCCCACCGUAGAGUACCAGGACACCGGACUCACCGCCUACUCCACAGGCGGAUACAGCUACGGCAAAGGGCGCGCCGGAGCUGGAGCUGGAAAUGGCGGAUACCAAUACAGACGAUGAUGCUCAGUUGUUUUGGCUCUAUCAGGACGAAAGUCUCAUAGACAUACAUUAUUUAUUUUAGAUUUUUUGUUAUCUAAUUUCCAAUGAUUUUCUGAGCUUAUCACAUACUUCCCAACUGCUCAAACAUCUACAUGCGAAUGAUUUUUGUACCU